AUGUCGUCGUCGGUGUCAAGCAUUUUUGGGUGCGGUGUUGCGAUAGCGCCAAAUUCAUUUCGAAACAAAACAAUUCGAAUUGAAAGAAGAAAUGCGUGUGGAGGAUUGUUGAUUGAGUGUUCAAAGAGGCCACAGAAGAAAUCAACUGCACAUCACAUGAAGACGAGGCCAAGAAAAUCAUCACCGUCGGAUAGGAAUCGGAAACCAACUGAGUAUGCUCCGUUGCCACCACUUCCUCCUGAUUUUACAGUUGUUAUUUCUGCUGAUGCGUCGACGGAACCUCCACCUCCUGCUCCUUCUGCUUGA